CUCGCCACAAAUCCCUCGAUGGUACUUUUGAUGGCUUUGGUCCUACUAGAAAUCCAUUCAUAUUGUUGCGAGGCUGGUGCUUCAUAUCAAAGCUAUUGUAAUAAGAAGCUAUGCUGGGACAUUGGGAAAACCCAAGAGAAAGCAAGGGACAAAUCAGCUCCAACACAGUACUAACUGUUCCAGUCUGAAGAAAGCAAGUGGGCUUGAGGAAGAAGGAGGAUGUUUACAACAAGGAGGAAGAGGGGGAGAAAACAGACAUGGACCAGUUCUGCACUGAAAUGGAAAGCCUGCAUAUGGACCAUGUGACAGAGUGCUCACUGGAACAAACUGGGGAACAGCAUAGUAUAAAGAAACCACAGUGCAUGAGGACAGAAAAUGGAGAGUGUCUACUGAAGCAAAGAGCAGUGAAUGGAGGAGCAGAUAUAAGAUGUAUUGAGAGACAUGAGACAGCAGUAGAUGGCAAAAGCCAAAGAGAUUACAGCGAAAGAGUAGUUGCAUUAGGAGAGCCAGUCCAGAAGCCUCUGUCUGUCUCUCCAUUCUUGGUCCCCGUGCAAAACCCUAUUUCUUUAAUUUCUAGUUCACCUACUCCUUCACAUUACCUCUUUCCUGCCCCUUGUUUGUCCUUUCCCUGCUCUCUUUUCCCUUUUUCUUCUCUUCAGUCUAGCUUCAACUUCUCUACAAUGUUGGUUGACAGUCGGCUGACACUGGAUGUGUACAGUGGUGGAAGCUAUGUCCUAGAAAUCUUGUGGAAGACUGUCCCAGGAAAACUGAAGGAAGUAUUGUACCUCAGAAUGGGCUCUGAGGAUGAAGAGGGUCUAAGACGUGCUUUGGACGUGUUGGGGCACCUCUCACUGUUGCGCUCAUUGGCCAUCAGAGGCCACUGCCUCCAAGAUAGUCUUGGAAAUCCCCUUCCAGGCCUCCUCUCCUCUUUGCCCCCGUCUCUCUCAUCCCUCACACAACUCACUCACCUGGACCUCUCAUUCAAUCGCUUCACCUCCCUCCCACCCUGCCUAUUAUCCAUGCCCCUUCUCUCUAUUCUCAUCCUUUCCCACAAUUGCCUCUCCUCCCUCCCCCCCAAAUUUGGCAGUCUGCGAUCCCUCACCUACUUCUCUGCUAUGGGGAACCAGCUCUGCUCUCUCCCCCCUAGCCUUGGUCAGCUGGAGGUCCUGCAGACCCUGGAUGUCUCCUACAACAUCCUAGAGAGUCUACCAGUGGAGACUGGGGCUCUUCUGAGACUGCAAAAACUUGAGUUAUCCCACAACAAGCUAAGGGAGCUACCUGAGACACUAAACUCUCUUGUUGAUCUCAGAGAAUUGUUGGUUAACAGCAACAAUCUUCGCACUGUCCCAGAGUUUUUGAGCUGUCUGCCAGAGCUCAGGAGACUGGAUGUGGGUAACAACCCCAUUGGGCGACCUACUACCCCUCCACCCACCCUCCCGGCUCCAGUUCAAACAGAGGCGGAUCUUCCAGAGUUGCAUCUUGCUGCAGAUCAACACUGCUUUUUUGUCUCACCAGCUGGUUGUCACGUAUUCCUUCCAAGAGGAGCAGAGCUGCUUUUUCCACAGAGGUGUGUGGAUGCCAUCACUCAACUGGAAUGGGCUGAGAAGAAGCCUGACAGAAAGUGGGUCUGGUUGGAAGAGCACGAUUACCUGUUGAGCUGGCCUUUAGAACUGCGCCCACAUGGAGUGCUUUUUCAGAAGCCAGUCCAGGUUUGCAUACCAUAUCGCCGAUCGUCUAGGCGUGAGGUGUUUCUGAGAACAUUUGAUGACCAAUCCUGGAAGACAUUAGAUACACAGACUAAGAGGGGGAGUCCUAAAAACAGUGUCAGGCCUAAAGGACGCCCAGCAUGGCUUGCCUGCUGCCUGGUAAACCAUUUCUCCUGGUUUGUGGCAGUGUCCCGUCCAGUCAGGGACAGCUGCUUUGUUUCACCAGAGGGCACUCUUUUGGUAUCCAGUGUUGAUCCUGGAAUUAAGCUCACCUUCCUCCCUUGCUGUACUCUGGAGACCCGCAUAGUAACUCUUCAGGUCUUGCAGGUGGAAUUGUCUGUGGUGCGAGAAUUGAGUAAUGACCCUCAGGCCAGUGUCAGUCCCCUGCUUUGUUUGUCUCAGUCACCCAACCUGCCCUUCCUUCAACCAGUCAAGGUGCAGGUCCCACUACCUCCAGGGCUAACAGGCCACACACUGGACCGGUCCUGCCUGUACCUGCUGCAUGCCGACCCAACUUGCCACACCUGGAUGGACAUAACAUUGCAAUCUUCCCUUCAUGUCACCCACCUAUAUGCUGUCUUCACGAUUACCCAUUUCUCUUGGUACUGGUUAUGGUACACUACUCAGCGCUGUGUAAGUGGAGUGAUCAGAAAAGUGUACCAAAGACUCAGGCAAUUCCACGUCCAGUUCCUCGUCCUACAGAGGAAAGCUGAUCCACAGCAAGUCCUGUUGCAGUGUUUACCUUCUAACAAGGUGGAGAAAACUGUUCAGUGCUUGUCUGCACAGUACUAUGGACCUCAGCCCUCAGAUUUAUGUGAGCUGCUGGAGGGAGAGCAGUUCUUUGCUGGCUUUGAGAAAGGCAUCGAUAUCUGCACAGACAGACCAGACUGUGUAGAUGGAAAACUUUGUUUUGUAUUUUACUCCCACUUGAAGAAUCAUAAAGAAGUAUAUAUUUGUCAUAACAAAAGAGAACAGGAAUCGGUAAGAGGACAGGUAUCAUUUUAUCGAGGGGAGCUGCCAAAGGACACUCCACAGGAAGUGGUUCAGAAGAGGAAAGGACCGGACAGCCAGUGGCUGACUACAUUACCUCUGAUGCUACCUGGGGUUAAGUCAGAUGUAGGAGACAUGGGCACACCCCAGUACCCCCCACUCCAGUUAGGGGACCCUGAGAAUGGCUAUCUGACAGAAGCCAACCUCCUUGCAAUCUCCCUAAGAAUUGGGCAAGACUGGCUUCCCAUUGGCAUCAAUCUGGGCUUCAGUUACGAGGAGCUAGACCGUAUUCGGUACAAACACAGAGACAAUCUGAGCGCAUUAGUUCUGGAGAUUCUCUUCCACUGGGCAAGGACACGGGGGGAAGCAGGACCAGGUGCCAUCCCUGAGCUGGUCAAAGCUAUGGCUGUGAGUGGGAGACGGGACCUGGCAGAUGAAAUUGAAGACAUUGUGCACCUGGGAACGAGGAAGUACAAGUUGUCCCUCAGGAGAGUGGGACUAAACACGGAAGGACUUCCUGCUGACUAAGCUACAUGUCCAGAUGAAUAUUCAUAAGUGUAGGAGAGUGCUUUGACAUCCUUUCAUGGUAUCCUAACAUGAACUUUUUGCAGUUUGAGUAGGCUUGUAGUACCAUAGUACAGUGUACUGGAUUUUACAAAAAUUUUUUGUUACAUUCAAGCAGUUAAAUUAGUAAUUUGUGAACUUACCUGGUAUUUCAAGUGGUCACCAUGGCAAUAAUUACAGUUUACUUCAUAGAACUUCCAUACUGUGUAAGAUUUAUUUUUCUGACAACCAGAAUUGUGCAUUCUAAGGUUAUAGGAAACAAACUGCCUUCUGAUAUUAUAUAAAUUCAUAAUAAAUUCACUAAGGGCCUUUAGAGCAUUAGGACAGCAGUGAAUAUAGAUCUGAAAAUGCUGUACACAUCUCACUUGAGCAAAUUACAACAAUCCUCUCUUAUAAUUAAAUACAAUCAGCAAGGUUAGCUUUUUUCACUGCUGAGUUCGAAACCAAACUCAUAGUUGGGAAUGUGACUGAUGGUAAUAUUGUGAAGAAUGCAAAAUCAUUCAAUCUUCUGGUCACUGUUUGAUUUGUUCUCAGUACUGUUUAUUUGGUCAUGUAAAAUUAAAUAUGUUGCUUUUACAGAACCAGAAGGUGGUGAUAAUUCAAGCAACGGAGCAUAUGUUGUAAAACUGACAUCUGAUUUUACAUAAGCUGUAAAGUACUGAGAUUUAUGCAAUGUGAAUGCCCAUAAAUUUGUAAUGUCUGACAAUUAUGGAAUAUAAAUGCAUUGCUGUUG